AUGGGUGCACUUCCCUGGCGACCUGUCGCGCGAACCGCGACGAGCUGGGCGUUUUAUCUGGUCGCGGGCAAGGAGCUUUGCCUCCCUGAUGGCAUUCCAGAGAGUAACUGGCGAAACAUCCAGGAGGAGGACUUGGAAAGUGUGGGACUUCGCGAGACUGCGAUCCGCAUGGUCCUGUAUGAUUGGAUAUCUGCAGAGGUGGUCUCAGAACUCACAGGGAUCUUGCUCUCAGAGGUCUUGGGCUACAAUGUUACAAUCAAUACUGAACGAGCUACGGAAUCCGUCGCGGGCUCGUUGCAGCUAGCUGGUUGCGUUUCGCAAGACUGCAGUGAGAGACAGCCGCGAAGCCACGUGGCCAUGGACAGCUGGCUCUGGGGAACUCCCGGGGAGUUUGCGAAUUUGGAGACCACGCGCCCCAGCCUGGCACCACGAAGGUUAGGCUCCAUGGGCUGGACUGGCCAGGAGUCCCUGUAUGUGAAAGGCUCGGUACGUGAAGAGGCCUACCACACCGGUGGUCUUGCUUUGGACUUCUACAGGAGUUACAACACCUCCCAGCAUCAGGCGGCAAAGUUCUUCAGCCGUGUCGCCGACCUGGACACUGCUCAGUUUGUUCCCUGCAACUCGAGUAACUACGAGUCGACCAGCGAUUACCAAAUGAGGACCUACGCGGAGGUGACAGGAGAUACGGACGGCGUUGUCGAAACUCCAACUGGCUACAUCGCCAAGUGUCCGGAUGACUACUUCUGGAGGUCUCCAGCUUGUCGCCACAACACCUCGGAGUGCAUUCCCGUCAUUGCGGCGGGGUUUGGCUGGAAUUAUUACGUGUGGAUGCAGUGGUCUACAUGGUUUUCCAUGCCGACAGCAAUCGGCAUCGCCAAAGAAGGUCACUGGGAGUCGGUGGUGGAGAACUUUGAGACGGUUUUCUAUUGGUGGUAUCCCGAUGCAACUUUCCUGCAUCUGGACGCAUGGAUCGUGGCGAUGCCGCGGCACUCGCGGCGCGAGUGGGCCGUUGACUUCUACCGGACUGGCUUUCCGGAAGUGAUUGUUGAGAAGCUCGUAUCGAGUCACCUCCCUGUUCUGGCGCCUCGAGUCUCCAGGUUCUUGGAGAAGUUUUUAAUGGAUUUGGAAGAUAUCCUGGGCCUUUUGUUGGAGGUCCAUGAAGGAGCCACUCCUUGGGCUGCUGCCUGCAAUUGGGUUCGCCUAAACAGGCGCCUGUGGAUGGAGUGGAUUCCUGUAGACACGCAAUGCCUACCAGGCGAAGGGCUGCAAAGCUCCUUGAAAGAAUAUGUCACCAACCGCUCCGAUGCCGUCGGUUGCUCGACAUGUCGUCCCGGCAGCUUCUCCAAAUCCGUCGUGGAUGGCACUGGUGCAACCUUCGUGUGUGAGCCGUGUCCUGCAGGAACUUUCGAAAGUGCCUUUGGUCAGACUGCUUGUGUGGACUGCGAUUCGGGGACAUUCACGAAUAGCUCUGGCAGAGCCCAUUGCGAUUACUGCGACCUGGGUCGGUAUGCAAAUGCGAGCGGAAUGACUUCUUGUCAUGCCUGCGGCAGUGAGCAUUGGACUACCAGCCAGCUUGUCGUAAGCGAUGGUGUGGAGACAUGGGUUCAAGUGAAAGGAGUGACCUCAGGGUCGUUUUGCACUUGCGUCGCCGGUUGGUUUCUGAACCAGCAGGGGGUUUGCGAGCGGUGCAUCAGAAUGGUUUACCGAUGCUUUGGUAGAGCCUCCCGCUGUUCGGGUGGACCUCCGGGGUCUUGUGCAUCCGGGCGAGAUCCUGGGACGAUUACGUGCUCCGAAUGUCUGCCGGGGCGAAUGCCCCUUCAAGACGGGUCCUGCGGCCCCUGCGUCGCCACGUCCUACGCUGCUUUCGGCCUGGUCGUCUUAGCGCUGGUGUUCUGCAUCGCUCUGGUCUAUGUCGUCCUGGCGCUUCAAGCUGACCGGGCGACGCAACCCGGCCAUUUGUUCGUGGGCAUUGUGGCUUUAAGCCAGCUUGUGACCCUCAUCCAGCAGCUGCUCGUCGUGAGCAAGCUGGACAUCGAGUGGCACGAGCCCAUGAAUGAGAUUCUGAAGGGCCUAGCGGUUUUGGGCGUGGAUUUGGAUAUGAUUGCAUUCUCAUGCCUUGCAACUGUCAGUCCGGUCCUGAAGUAUGUUCUCUCUGUGUCAGUUACGCCCAUACUUGCCUGCAUCGCUCUGGUGCUGCACCUCUUGGCUGUGGCUUUCAAAAAGUAUGUGAGGCAGGACUUAAAGGUGAGGCUGGAUGCGGGCCAGCUGCUUCGGACGGUGGGAUCGCUGGUGUCGCUGCUCUUCAUCGGAAUCUUUACGGCUUUGGUGACGCCCUUCCAGUGCAACUCCCACCCAAACGGCCGGAUGACCAUCCAACAGUAUGCCUCAGUCUUCUGCAACCUGCGCGAUGCACACCUGCAGAUGAGCGUGAUCGGCGCAGUGGCGUGCUUGAUGCCACUAUCCUUUCUGGCUGUGUGCAUUUGGAUCAUCCACUUGGAGCUUCCCAAAAGGCUGCUUCGGGCCGAUGCCACCUACUGUCGGGCUUGCUCAUUCCUUUGGCUGCGCUUUCGGCCCGGAGGUGAGCGCUUCGUCAUCUUCAUGCAAGUGAGCUGCCCGGCGAAUUUCGAAUCAUGA